AUGCAGAGCAAGCUCGACACCAAGACAGCUGGCGACAGCACCAAUGAUGUUUCCAGCAUCGAGGCGGGCAGUGUCUCGGGCGACGUGCAGUAUGCCGGCGAGCAAGGCUCUCCGCCGUCGCCGCAGCCGCAGCUGCACCGUAACUUCACAGCUCGUCACAUCCAGAUGAUUGGUCUAGCUGGCAGUAUUGGCUCAGGUCUCUUCGUCGGAACGGGCAAAGCUCUCCGUUACGGAAGCUAUCCCGGUCUCUAUCUUGGAUGGAGUCUGAUCUGCGCGCAACAAUGGGUCAACAUGCAAGUCAUGUCCGAGGCUGCUGUGAUCUUCCCAACCUCUGGCGCCUUCAUCGACCAUGCCGCUCGAUUUGUCGAUCCGUCAUUGGCGUUUGCUCUCGGAGCCUGCGAGUGGUUUGCCUAUCACACAACUCUUGCGGCCGAGGGAUCUAUCUUCCGGCUUGUUCUCACAUAUUGGACUGACGCCGUUCCGACGGCAGCCUGCAUGACGUUCUAUCUUGUGCUCAUCUUCUGUAUCCAUUCGCUCCCGAAUCGGUACUUCGCCGAGUUCGAAUUCGUCACGGCUCUCCUCAAGAUUAGUGUUAUGGCAAUCAUGAUCAUCAGCUGCAUUGUGAUGCUGGCUGGUGGUGGACCGACAGGCAUUCUCAAUGGAGAGUCGAAGAUGCCGCGUUGGAAUCUCCCCCGCGCCGUCAACAAUCUGGGCGCACGUCUUUUCCUCUUUUUCGGCAGCACGGUCAUCUUUAUCUCCCUCCUGGUGCCCUACAAUGACGGCCGCCUUCUGGGUGUCUCUAAUGCGGCGUCCUCACCCUUCGUGAUCGCCCUGCAAGACGCCGGCAUCAAGGGCCUCCCAGACCUGGUAAAUGUCGUCAUCAUCGUCGGCCUCUGCGCGCUCGGCGCGGAGGCGCUGUUUGUUACCUCCCGUCUUAGUACGGCCAUGUCCCGCAUGGGGAUGUUCCCCAAGAUCUUUGGGCGCGUGGAUAAGAAGGGCCGGCCAUACGUUUCGCUCAUAUUCUCGGCCGCGCUCGCCACCACAUUGACGUACAUCAACUGCUCCAAUACGGGCGGUAUUAUCUUCACGUGGUUUAGCUCCGUCGGCUCGACGGUGUACUUCCUCGCCUAUAUCGUGAUUGCCGUCACCAACUGGCGGAUGCAUGCCGCGUUCAAGGCGCAAGGCGACAAUCCGCUGUCGCUGCAGUAUGCGUACAAAAACAAGUUCUGGCCGCUGGGGAGCAUUUUCCUCUUUAUCAGUGGCCUCUUCGUCAUCGGCACCACUUUUUACAUCUCGCUGUUCCCCAUCGGCGAGGACAUUAGCGUCGAGAACUUUUUCCAGACCUUCCUCUGCGUGCCUCUUUUCCUCGUCCUCUGGGCCGGCUAUAAGAUCAUCUUCCGUACCAAGAUCGUCGAUCCGGCCCAGGCAGAUCUUGUCAGCGGGCGGAGGCCCUUGUCUGUGGAAGACAUUGCCUUUUUUGACUUUUACUACUCCCAGCCGCUGUGGAAGAGGGCCUUGACCUACAUUGGUGUCUAG